AUGUCCGCCGAUACGUCAGAUCUCAAAAAGGUCGACUCGGCUGUCGCUGGCCUCGAUGCAGGCAAGAAGCGAAGAACGACCUCAAGCGCGCCUGGUGUUAUGAACAUCAACGACCUGGAGGCUGAAGGUACAAAGAUCAAGAUUGCUGCCGAGACACAACAGACGGGUUGGUAUAUAAACACCUCUCCCAGCACCGUUGGAGACCCCGCGAUCCUCAAGGUUAUGCUCACUGAGCCCCCAAUUAAGAAGAUCGACUUGCACUUUCCUCUUGGCCUCGAGGUCACUGCUCGCAAUCUGAAGGGUGUCACAAUCAAGGAUGCUCUAGACGCAAUUCACAAGCAGUUCAAGAAGAAGGCUGACGACGAACUCGACCUACCAUAUCUGAAGGGCUUCGAAUGGGACCCCGAGGAGAGCUGGACGAGGCUAAAGGUCCACCAGGCCAAGGAUGCUGGUCCCGUCGGCGGUGGCGGCGGUGGCAAGAAGAAGGGCAAGAAGAAUGCUGAAGAGUAG